UCUGGAAACUCCCUAUGGGGAACUUGAUGCCUAAUUCCAGUCAAUUUUAUGGAGACUUGGAUGUCUAAAUCUCCUAGACAGCCUUGAAAAUCUCAGCCCUAUUAAAAAGUGAGUGUAAAUCUAAAGGUCCAUCCCAACUCUUCCCAGACAUCACGGCGGUUGGUUUCCUGUAAGAUAUUCACUACCCACAUUCAAGCCCGGCGGUGUCAUUCAGAUUUAAUUCAUGCCAUGAAAUUUCCUUCUUCCAUGCUGCUCACUCUUGUUAUCCCGGCAGGUAUGGUUUCAUGCACCCCUGUAUAAAUGGCUGAGGGCAAUCACAGCAUAGUGACCCAGUUCAUCCUCCUGGGGCUGACGGAUCGUCAGGAGCUGCAGAUACCCCUCUUCGCGGCGUUCCUGGUGAUCUACAUUCUUACGCUGGUGGGGAAUCUUGGGAUGAUUGUGUUGAUCAGGGUUGAUCCUCGACUCCAUUCCCCCAUGUACUUCUUCCUCAGUAACCUGUCUGUGGUUGACCUCUGCUACUCCUCAGUCUUCGCUCCAAGGAUGCUGGUGAAUUUCUUAGUGGGGAGUAAAAGCAUUUCUUACUCUGCCUGUAUUGCCCAACACUUCUCUUUUGUCGUGUUUGUGACCACAGAAGGGUUCCUGCUGGCCGUGAUGGCAUACGACCGCUAUGUAGCCAUUUGUAACCCUCUCCUCUACACCGCUGUUAUGUCUAAGAGAGUCUGUAUUCAUCUAGUGGCCAGCUCAUAUGUAGGGGGGCUCGUGAACUCACUGACCCACACAUGUGGCUUGCUGAGGUUGUCGUUCUGUGGGCCCAACAUCAUCAAUCAUUACUUUUGUGACACUAACCCAUUGCUGAAGCUUGCCUGCUCUGAUAACCACAUCAAUGAGAUUUUGCUUGUAACGUUCUCUGGAGUUAUUGCCAUGUCCACCCUCCUGUUUGUCAUAAUCUCUUAUCUGUACAUCCUCUUCUCUAUCCUGAGGAUCCGCUCCGCCAAGGGCAGGCUCAAAGCCUUCUCCACCUGUGCCUCUCAUCUGACAGCUGUCACCAUGUUCUAUGGACCUGUGAGCUUAAGCCACAUACAACCCAGUUCCAGCUACUCACUGGAACAGGAGAAAAUCUCUGCUGUGUUUUAUACCCUGGUGGUCCCCAUGUUGAACCCCUUGAUCUACAGCCUGAGGAACAAGGAGGUUAAGGAUGCUCUUAAGAGGGUGAUAGACUGGAAAAACAUUCCCAGCUAAUUUGUCACCAUGACAAUUCCACUCAAUUGAGAAGAACAAUUGGAAGAAGGGUAGGAGUAUGCUCUAUGUGUUACUGCCUUGAUUUGUGUAUCACAAAUGUUGUACAAGAAUUAAAUGAAACUCAAAGAACUGAUGUAGCAUGUGGAAAUUAUGUUUUACAAUUGCUUGAGAGGAACAAUGUUACCUAAGGUCCUGUCAUUAUGUGGCUGUUGGAAUAUAGACACCUUUCCUUGUUUCUUGACCGUUAAUCUAUUUGAAAUGGUGCCCUGCAAGGUUAUCUGAGAUUAAAAAUAAAAUAAACUUGCUUCUAGGUUUAAUUUCUUAAUGUGAUGCUUUAAUUAAUGCUCAGUAUGUAACUUGCACUAUGAGAAUUCAACGCUUUUGCUCUCUUUAGUGUCUGGGCCUCAUACGGGCUGC